ACGGUUGACGUUCUUACGCCUGGCUAGAUGAUUGGCGAGGUAAGAUGGCGGCGCCAGAGGAGCCAGAAUUAUCCCAGGCGCAGACCGAAAAACUCCUUCAAUUUCAGGACUUAACUGGGUUGGAAUCAAUGGACCAAUGCCGCCGAACAUUAGAGCAGCAUAAUUGGAACAUAGAGGCUGCAGUUCAGGACAGACUUAAUGAGCAGGAAGGAGUUCCCAGUGUGUUUAACCCUCCACCAUCCAGACCUCUCCAGGUCAACACAGCAGACCAUAGAGUAUAUAGUUACAUCGUCUCAAGGCCUCAGCCGAGGGGAUUACUAGGAUGGGGUUACUAUUUGAUUAUGCUACCGUUCAGAGUUACAUAUUACACACUUCUGGAUAUAUUCAGGUUGGCCCUGCGAUUCAUCAGACCAGAUCCCCGGGCUCGCGUGACCGACCCUGUCGGAGACGUUGUGUCUUUCAUUCAUAGUUUCGAGGAAAAAUACGGUCGGUCACACCCCGUGUUUUACCAGGGCACGUACAGCCAGGCACUGAAUGAUGCCAAACGGGAGCUCCGCUACCUAUUGGUGUACCUGCAUGGGGAUGAUCAUCAAGACACUGACGAGUUUUGCCGCUCCACGUUAUGUACGGAAGAGGUCAUAACCUUUCUCAACACAAGAAUGCUCUUCUGGGCAUGCUCAACUAGCAAACCAGAGGGUUACAGAGUGUCCCAGGCGUUGCGGGAGAACACCUACCCGUUCCUGGCCAUGAUCAUGCUGAAGGACCGCAAGAUGACCGUGGUGGGACGGCUGGAGGGUGUCAUUCAGCCAGAGGACCUCAUCAAUCAACUUACUUUCAUCAUGGAUGCCAACCAAACAUAUCUGAUGUCGGAGCGUCUUGAACGAGAAGAGAGGAACCAGACCCAAGUUCUGAGGCAGCAGCAGGACGAGGCCUAUCUCGCCUCCCUGCGUGCCGAUCAGGAGAAGGAGCGAAAGAAACGGGCGGAGAUGGAGCAACGGAAGCAAGAGGAGGAGAAGGUCCGACAAAGUGCUCUUGCAGAGGAAAUCAGACGAAGAACACUCGAAGAGGAGAAGGAGAGGAAGUCGGAGUGUCUUCCUCCAGAGCCUCCAGCUGACGACCCAGAAAGUGUCAAAAUAGUGUUUAAGCUGCCGAAUGACACAAGAGUAGAGAGACGAUUCCUGUUCGGUCAGUCUCUGACGGUAAUACACGACUUCCUUUUCUCUUUGAAAGAAACUCCGGAGAAGUUCCAGAUAGUUACAAACUUCCCUCGCCGAGUCUUGCCCUGCCUUCCGACCGAGGAGCAGUCCAACCCACCGACCCUGAAAGAGGCGGGACUCAGCCGCUCCGAGGUCCUUUUUGUUCAGGACCUGACGGACGAUUAAUAAAUGACAUACCUCUUCCACGUGGAAACGCAUUUCCUCACACCCACCCACAUUUUUUUUUUUUUGUUUGUUUGUUUUUUCAUAUUCUGUUGAACGGCCAUUAUGUGUAAGGGAUCAUUGAGAUAAAAUUUUCUCCUGGAAGAUUAAACCAUCCUGCAUCCAGUCCACAUUUAGUUGUUUACAGGGUUCCCGAUAGCCUGGAAAGUCUUGAAUUUUAUCAAAUAAAUAUUUCUUCAAGUUGUUCCUUGAACUCAUCUUAUGUUGAAAAUACUUCUUUUUUUUUUCCUUCUGUCCUUUCAGUAGCUGUCAGCAAUUCUCCCUCUUCAACAAUAAUUUGUCUGAGUAGCUCAUCAAUACCUGCUGACACAAAAGCAGUAGCAUAACUCUUCACAUUCAUAUCUUCAAAUGAUCUGUUUGGGCAACAAAGAGGUUCUUUGUUUUUUGUUAAAUAUAUACAGCAGAUACAGCAUGGAGAAGAAUGGAUUGUGCGAAUGCCUUGGCUUUUAUCUGCUGCUUAUAUUCUUGUUUGAUCCAUUCGUCUGAAUUCAACACCCAUUUUGCCAAACGUUUGUACAAUUUCUCCACAUUCGUUGACAAGCACAACUAAUUUAAUUCAAGAUGAGUUCGCCGUGGAGGGGCGGACGCAUAACUAGCGUAGGAAGACCGUGGGAACCCUGGUUUGAACGAGCCAUUACCUGUACAUAAGUUCAAUAUUUAAGACCCCCAAACUGACCUUAUUGUUUUUUUUCUUUUGUUUUUUGACUUCAGUCUGUCAUUAAACGACCAAAUGCAGGUUUGUUACUAUGUAAAGCAGACUGCCUCAAUCGUAUGAAGUUUAAACACAAUAUUUAACACGCCACAGCUUUUACAUGUGGCUGUAACUAGUGUAGUAAAAGUCUGCCCAUAGUGUGCCUGUGGUAACUCAUAGAUGCCUGUUUUUUUUUUUUUUUUUUUGCCUGUAACACCACAAUGGGCUCAUGUAAAAGAUGUAAUUUUCCAGCUAUAAAUUAAAAACCUUUUGAAAAUG